AUGAGUGAUAACUCUUCUUUUGAUGCUGAAACCUCCAGCAUCAAUAAUUCAGAUGAAGAAAUCUCCUCAACAGAGGUAUCUUCUAAUGAGCACGCUUCCAGCGAACAAUCUUUCAAUACCUCUAGGUCUAGUCACUCCGAAACCCAAUCAAAUCAAUCAGUUGAGGAAUAUUCUUCCAGCUCAGACCAAGAUGAGGACGAUGAAACGGCUUCCGAUAAUGAAGAAAGUUCUGUAACAGAUAGAGAAGAGAUCUUCACCUCCGAUAAUUGUUCAGAAAACUCUGGUCCAGAUGAUCCACCAUACUCGUUUAACUCUGAUACCCAAUCCGACUCAUCCGAAAGUGAUUCAGCUCCUCCUGAUACUAGCGAACAACACCAAAAAAAUAUAGUUCAAAAUCUACUCUCAACUGGCUACAAAGGUCCCCAUAUCUUAAAAAUUCUUUGGGAUGAACAUGGAAUACAGAUGUCUGCUAGAACUCUCAGUCAAAAACGAAAAGAAUGGGGACUCCGAUUAUGCGAUCUUGAACAAGCACCACCUCCCACACCACUAUCUCCCAAGAUUCGAGCCUCACUAGUUUCCUCACACUCCAAAGGAAUGAAUCUAAACGAGAUUCAGGCACAGCUAGCUAAUGAGACAAGUGUCAAUGUAUCCAUCCGUACCAUCAAGCGCUACUUAAAACAGCUUAACUUGAAACUUCUUCGAAACGAUGUAACUCAUGGUAAAAUUACUAUUCAGCAAGUACAUGAUGCUAUCCACGAUGCUCGAACUAGAAGGCUACAAAGUGAUGCUGGCUAUCGAAGGAUGAGAAUGAUCCUCAUGAGGGAAUAUGAUAUUCAAAUCCCACAACGGUUAGUCUAUGAUGUUCUCAGGGAAAUCGAUCCAGAGGGUAUGGCUGCUCGACUACGAGGUGUAUGCAAACGUCAAAUAUAUCAAACAAAUGGACCCAACCACAUCUGGUCCAGUGAUGGACAUGAUAAGUUGAAGCGCUUUGGACUUACCAUAUACGGAUUCGUCGAUGCCUGGUCAAGAAAAAUUCUUGGGAUGUUUGUUCAUGUAACAAACAACGACCCUCGCCACAUUGCGGUGUACUUCCUUCAACUUGCAUCUAAGGCUGGUGGAAUCCCACUCCUACUCACAACCGACUGUGGUACCGAAACUGUUAAAAUGGCUAGGUGUAUGAUGGAAUUAACAUAUACUCACAUGGAAAUCUCACUGGAAGAUGCAGCAAAGCGAAUGCAUUACACCAAGUCGACACAUAAUCAAAAAAUUGAAUCCCUUUGGUCUCAGAUGAUGAAGCAGCACAACCGUGCAAUCAAACACGAUAUUCAAAGUCACAUUGAAGAUGGGAGUUAUGAUGACCAAGAUGAUGUUCAAAAACUCUUGUUUCUAUUUCUGUGGGUUCCUGUACUCCAAGCAAGUGUUGAUAGCUGGGUUGAUACGUAUAACAACUACCGAAAGCGACGGGAUCAUCUCACCACACUUCCAACCGGUGUAAGCUCGGAGUUUGCAUAUAGCACCCCUGAAUAUUUUGGAACCACCAAUCAACUCCUCAAGAUGCCUUCCUCAGAUAUCGACUUGAUGUUACAGACAGACUACCCGAAUCUUGAUUUGUUAUUUGCUCAUACUCCUCUUGACUUUCAUGAAGUGGCAAUUGAAGUCAUGGGGAAUCUUGGUUGGGAUUUUUCUCAAAUUAAUACAGGAAAUGUAUGGUUUGUUUUUCAUGAAAUGCUCCCCCAUGUUGUUGCCCAAUAUAUCCCACCAACUGACUCAUCCAGUGAAUACGACUCCCAUCUUUCCAACGAAUCUGGAUCACACAUUUCCAAUGUUUCUGAAUCUUACAUCAGUACUUCUUGUAACCACUCAUCAUCUGAAUAUGAAACCCCUUAA